AUGAACCCAACGACAUUGUCCCCGGUUGAGCGAAUCGGAAUCCCGCAUAGCGAGACCACGAUAGGAGAGACCUACGAUUGUGAACCGACGCUGAACGACCAGCAGGUGUUUGAAUUUUGCCGCAAGGGGUAUCUGGUACUCGAAGGUGUGGUCGAAGACGAGGUCAAUCAUCGCAUGAUGGACUUUGUGGACGAACACCCUGAGCAUCAACCGCUUGAACUGCUGACCGAAGACUGGUUUGUUGAUGGCGUGUUCAAAAAUCCACAAGCGGCGGGUGCCGUCAGAUCGUUGCUCGGCAAAGACUUCAAGCUGCCCCAGACGCUAUGUAAUCACCGCGCCCCAUGUCCGGCACCGCCCCAGGGGUGGCAUCGUGACGGCGGAUCGAUUUACACCCCGCGCUUGGACUACCUACAAGUAUUCUAUUACCCACAGGACACGCCGAAAGAAGCGGGACCAACUGAAGUAGUUCCCGGCUCCCACUUUCUUCGUACCAAAGCCAACUACAUGGCGCACUUACGCAGUGUGAAACUCUCCGUACCAACCACCGCACCGGCAGGCUCUAUCUUCAUCACCGUUUAUUCGAUAUGGCACCGCAAGGGUCGGAGCACCACCAACGGCUUCCGCAACCUGUUCAAAUACAACUACUGGCGGACAACCGAACCGCGCCGUGACUGGAAAUUGACCCCGAUUUUGACUUUUCUUGGCCCUCUUUCAACAGCGACCCUACUUCGAGCAGUUUAA